AAGGAGGCAUGCUGUGGCGCUGGCGAGUUUCGGUUCUGACGAUCGUUUGCGAGAACUUUCGUGUACAACCUUAGGGAAGUUAGAAACUGCGAUUUCUCGUGCCAGUGCUAGAAACGUGCGCACAGCGAAGUUAUCGUCGGGAUGUACAGGCUUUGUUCAACUAUGUGGCUCAAAUUACGCAACUUUAAAGCGUAGGCGCAUCACACGUUCACUGCAGACAUGCUGCAGACCGUCCAGCGGCAUAAAAAUAAGUGGUUCUUUAUCGUACGAUAUCUCCGUUGCUGUCAGCCUCCUCUCCGAGCUCGUCGGCACGAAGCCCGCGCAAGCUUCUUGCAAGCAUGUGUUCUUUAAAAGAUGAAUCUGGGAAGUAUGUAUACGUAACACAAAUGUAUGUGAACGUCAUCGAGCUGCGCCUCGGAACCGGCAAUUAACGUGCGCUGCAGGCACGUAUGGCAAAGAUACAAACAAGAACAGUUGUUUCCUGGCUUUCUACCUUCCUGUUAAGUACACCAGAAGAACAAGAAAUAUAGCUCUUCGCUACCUCAAUGUAACAAUCUUUCGCACUUUUAACAAGAUGCUGGAUGUAAUACUGAAAUAGGCUGACAGAAGCAAGUGCACGAGGCUUCCAGAUGCAAUUGUCAGUUCAAAAAGCAGGCAUCCCUGACACUGUGGUCUGUAGACCAUUUCAGCCUCAGCUAACAGUAAAAAUGGAUUCCAGAGAAGUGAAGCAAGCGCUGAAAGACGCAAGAGACGCGAUCAGACAAAAGGAAUUCAAAGCUGCUUUGAAGCACUGCAAGACUGCCUUGAAAGUAGACAAAGAAUGCUACAUGGCUUGGGUGUUUGUUGGAGCAGCAGCACAGGAAAUUGACCAGUUAGAGCAGUCAGUUGCUGCUUUCAAGAGGGCUUGUGGCAUUUCUCCUGAUCAAAUCCUCGCAUGGCAGGGUCUCUGCGCACUGUAUGAGAAGCACCAGAGCUUGGGAGAUUUUGAAAAUGAUCGCCAUUCCGUGUACAUAAAGCUGAUCGAGCUCACCCAAAAUGAUGCUACAAAACAAGUUGAAAUAGCUGAUAAACUCACAAGUCACUACAAGAACACUGGAAAUGUUUCCAAGUACUUGAGUACAUUGGAAGAGUGUACUAAAAUAAUAGGUACUAAACCAGAGACCACGAAGUUAUGGCAAUCUCUUGUGGACUUCAGCAGUAACAGGCUGGCCACAUACCCUAAGAACCAUCAGGAGCUGCUUGUGAAGGCUUAUGCACACCUGGCCUUCUCUAGUGAAACAGAACGUCCCCGCAGAGAUGCGCUGUGCCGAUCCUAUGUGGAUGCUCUGUUGAAGACAGGUCACAAGGAUGAUGUUAUCAGUGAGGCCUUAAGGUUUGGUGAGAGUUUUCCGGAAUCAUCAGUUCCCAUGGAAGUCAUCAGUGGGAUGUAUGUGGAUAUGACUCUUAGCAGUUGGGAAGAGCCAAAACCUUCAGCAGAAAUUGACAAAAUCGAGCAACUUAUCGAAAAACGCCCUAACCUUCAGGUUGGGUGGCUAGCAAAAGCGACCCACCUGUAUGCUUCCGGAAAUGCAAAUGACGCUUUUGAGGCUCUUGCAAAAGCUGUGGACGUUGGACGCAGCUCCAGGGAGGCAAGCCUGUUGCUUUCCUUAUGCAGCCUUCAGACACGCAACUUCCGCAAGGCCGAGGUGCAUGCCCAGAAUGGCCUUUCCUUAUCAGCAGCAGCUAGCGACUGGAUGUCCCAAAAGCUCCUGCUAUGUUUGGCUGAGUCUCUGUGUGCACAGCAGUGUCAUGAGGAAGCGUCGGCAGCUUUGCAAAAGAUUGGAGAGGAGCAUGCGAGACAGCCUGCAGUCCUGUGGUGUUCCUUUGAAACUGCUUUGCAGUCUGGUAACUUUGACAGAGCAGAAGAGGUUCUUAGCAGUUUGCAAGACAAUGGUGUUGAAAGCUCAAGGAUAAAAGGAGCACGAGCCUGGCUGCUUAUACAGAGUGAGAGAAUAGCAGAGGCACAAGAAAUCCUGACGAGUUUGGGAGAUAGAUCACCAGAAACCACCCACCUGCUUGCCCUUGCUCACUGGAAACUGGGUCAACAUGAUGAAGCUGUACCAAUCUUCCUAGAAGCAGCUCGCUUGGAUCCCCAGGACUACCGCAAUUUCUUGUACCUUGGAAGACACUACUUCCAUCACCUUAAAGAUGUUCAGAAAGCAAUUAGGUGUUUUCAGAAAGCUUUUCAACUCAAUCGAGCCAGUGAGGAAGCAGGGUCUUUACUAAGUGAUGCCCUGUGUGACCUGGGCCAGCAUGAACAGAAUGUUAAAUUCCUGGAAGCAAUUACAAGUCAGCUUCCUGUAAAGAGAGUGAAGUGGGCCUGGUUAAGGCUUGGUCUUCAGCAGCUAAGACUUGGCAAUGCCACAGAAGCAGUGCAGUCUCUGCAGAACUCACUUCGAGCUGAUCCCAAUGACAAGUCUUGCUGGGAAUGCCUAGGGGAGGCAUACCUCAUGCGGGACAGCCUUGGUGCUGCUCUCCUGUGUUUCAAGAAGUGCCUUGAUGCAGAUCCCAGAGACCUUUUUUCGCUAUAUGAGACAGCCACAAUCAAGUCCCGACAGGGCCUGCACAAGGAGGCUGCAGAUAAUUUUCAAGAAGCCCUCAAUGUCAAUCCGGAGUAUGUUCCUGCAAUCAAAGGUCUGGCAGAGGCCAGGCUAGCACUGGCACGAGAGCACUUGGAGCAAGGGCUCUGUGGUCUUGGCCUGGAUGACUGCCAAGCGGCAUUGGACACUGCUGCUAGGGCCUUGGCACUUCAGAGUCGACUCGUGUGCCUGUGGAAGCUCAUGGGUGAUAUUUGCCUGGUCCCUGCUGUGUACGGAAUUAACUGGGCCUCACUGAAGCUACCCGCUUCCUUGAUGCAAGGGGAACAGCGGGAUAGUGACCAGGAACAGCUUAUAAAGGCAUCCCAAAAGUGCUACAUGACAGCCCUGGGAAUGAAGCCACGGCUGGCGUCUUUGUGGCAUGACUUGGGUCUGGCUCUGUGGGUGGAAGCACGUCUUCAGAAGGGCAGUUUUACCAAGGCUUUAGCCAGCGUACGCAAUGCUGUAACCUUGAGUCCCGACUGCUUUGCCUACUGGAACAGCCUCGGGGUACUGGCUGUCUCCUCAGGCACAGAAAAUUAUGGUCUGGCUCAGCACUGCCUCAUAAAAUCCCUCGAGUUGGAGGGUAAUAACUUGUACGCAUGGACAAACCUUGGUGCCUUGUACCUUCUGGCUGGCAACGUGCAGUUGGCGUACCAAGCUUUUGCAAAAGCCCAGUCUAUAGAACCAACAGCGAUGCGGCCAUGGGUGGGGCAGGCAUUCAUUGCUGAAAAAGUGCAGCAUCAUGACACUGUCGACCUGUUCAGACACUGCUUGGGACUCGGAAAUCACGGUGAUGCAGCUCGCGCCUAUGCCAGCUGGCUGUGCAAGGAGUCUGGGCUAACUGUUGCUCAGAAGCAUGGCAGGGAUACGUUAGUUGUUGCUUCUGAUGCUCUUUCACGCACUGUCGCUCUGGAAGGAGCUUUGGAUCCCGCAGCACUCAACAUGUUGGGUAUACUACUAGAACGCCAAGGACUACUGAGAAGUGCCAGGGAUGCUUACAAAAGGGCACUGAUGCUACCUGGCCAAGCCGAUGAGAAUGUAAAUUGCAUUCGUGUGAACCUGGCACGUGUGUUAUGCUCUCUGGGUUGUUAUGAGGAAGCCAUUCAGCACUGCCUCCAGACAGGGUCACGCUCACAGGAAGUGCUUUGCCUCCUUGGUUUCUGUUAUGGAAAGCUUGGUGAAUCUUCUGAAGCCUUGAAAGUGUAUGAGGAAGCUCUAUCAAAAAGUCAACUCCAGAACAAGGGAGGAGUGGAGCUAGGCAUGGCCAUGGUCACAUUGAAGGCUUCUGGUGCAGCAGCUGCUAAGGAUUUCCUCCAAAACAGGUUAGGUGGCAUGCCACAGUCUCGUGAGUCUUUGGAGGCUCUCUUCUGCCUGUCCUUGCUUGCCGGGGACAAUCGUGCCUGCCACAGUUCCAUUCAGAAGCUCAUGAUGUUGAGUAAGAGUGGCACAGCACUUCACGAGAGGACAGCAUCACUGCUCUGCUGCCAGCAGUUUAUGAAGGGUGCUGACACUCGCCAAGCCUGUCGUGUACUCAGUAACGCAGUGCACUUGCACCCAGACAAGGGCUCCUUGUGGUCAGUGUUAACCCAGGCCCUGCUGACGGAAAAGAGACCCAGCGCUUUGUGCUGUGCGUUGGCUGGUCUCAUUCUUAGAGAAUGCUCUCCACGACACAUGGCCAUGCUUGUGCUCGCUAGGCUGAUGCAAGGAAAGGCCACGGAAGCCCUGAGAGCUGCUCAGAAGAUGGUCUUCCUCUACCCUGACUCUCACUCGGGCUGGGUGCUUCUUGGACUUGCCAUAAGCGAAUGCCGAGUUGUGGCUGACAAAGCUCUACAGCAUGAUCGCUUUCUACUUGGUGCCGACGCUUCAUGGAAACUUUGGUCCAACCUGGUUCAAGUGCAGUAUGCCUGCAACCACCAUCGAUGGCAAAAAGUGUCAGAGCUGGUGCUUCUAGUUCUCUGGGGAUUUGCAGGCAGCCCAUUUGUGUCCAAGUCACUGAAUGUGCUGCAGGCAAUUUCAGAAUUGCUGACAAAUUUGACACGUCUGGAGAAGGCCUCUCUGAGUUCUCUUCAAAGUGUAGUUGAGUCCGAAGACAUAGCUACUGGAUGGCAGAUGCUCUCGAAGCUGCAGCAGAGAACUGCAGACUUCAGUGGGGCUAUUGAGUCACUUGAAAGGGCAAAGAAGUAUGACAGGUGGAGGGCCCAAAGACAAAUGGCAGCUGGAAGGCUUUGUGUUUGAGCUUCUGCGUAACAAGAUUAUUUUUUCUUGUAUAUUUGAAUUACAGUCCGAUGUUAUUAUGUCAGCAGGUUGUGUGUAACUAGUACUUUACAAAUUUUCUGAGGCAUCUUACUUUGAUAAAUUCAGUUAAUCCAGUAACGUUUUUGCACUAGGCGGAGGGCCUACAAAAAUGAAAUUGCAUGCUUUGCUAAUGGUGCCGCCACCAAGUGGCCACGGCCACUCAGACACACAUCGAAUGGCAGCUAGAAAAGGGCUUUGUCUUUUAGUUUCCUUGUAACAGAUUUAUGUUUUCUUGUAUAUUUGAAUAACAAUAUGAAGCUCUCAUGUCUGCAGCUUGUGUGUAAGUCAUAAUUUAUGCAUUUUCUGAUGCACUUUACUUUUAAACAUUAGUUUAGUUCAAUUAGGCCCUUUUACUUGGUGGAUGGCCUAGAAGAAUGAGGAUGUAUGCUGCACUUUCGCACACAUGCAUGCGUGUGCGACAUACGCCACUUGUGGUGGUGGUACUUGCGUUACAUCCUCUUAACACCAAUUGGGGUGGCGGUACUUGUCCAGCGUCUGCAACCAGCUUCGCUGUACAUCCACUUUCACAGGGUGGAAUGGAGGUGAAUUUUUUUUCUUCUACUGCAUAGAUAGCUGCAGUGCCAACUUUUAAUAUUCCCGGUUACUUUGCCCUUUUUUGUUUUAAAACAUAGGUAUCUCCGCUUUCUUCAGUGCCUCAAAGGCCGUGUUGAUUCAGUCUUCGUGUUCUACAACAUGGAUUUCAGCCAUUUUGUCAGCGCUGGUGCUACACAUUUAUUGCGGUCUUUGUUUUCUACUACAUUGAUGGCAGCAUAUUGUCAGUGCUUAAAGACCGCAUACUUGGAAUUAUGCCCUUCUUGAACCUUUUGGCUGAUUUGGAAUGAUGGUGUCUGCCAUGAAAAACUUUCUUUAGUGAAGAACUUUGCUUCACAGAAGAGUUGAUCUUGAAACAAGGUAAAAUAAAGCAUUUUUCCUUGUUUAUAACUGUACCAUAUGUGGCAAUGACAAGCACAUAUGUAUUGCAUAGUGAAAAUGUAAAAUGAGGUUUUCACGCUUAAAACGUGAAGCAAAUUGUUUGAAAAAAGCUUUAGAAGGGUUUUCAGUGGAGUCAAGUUUUAAAAUAAGUCAUCAAAAAUGAAAAAGCAAAAUAAGGUGUCUUCUGGUCAAUAUAGUAAAACACUUCAGGUGCUCAUGUUGUCAUGAAGUAAGGAUAGCUGCUCAACAUGUUUAGGGAGCAGCCACACCCUCCUGUUUGUCACAGUUCAUUCAUACACCAAAAAGUGCUACUGAGUAGGCACACUAGUGGCUGGUAUCUGCAGGAAGCCGAGCUAACAAUGAGCACCAUGCUUGCACAACCACUCCUAUGGAUCUUCUUUCUGGCACAAAAUUUCAUGAUGCACAUAUAUUUCAACCUGUGCUUGUGGAAGUGAAAAUUGAUGCUGAUUAAUGAGCUUAUCAAAGUCUUUUCACAGUGCUGAUGUGCAAGGAGCCUCUUCAGAAGCUUUAAUUGUUGAGGACAUAUCUGGGUUUCUUGGUGUUGAAAUUGUCCUUGCUGCUUCUAAAGCCAGGUAUUUAGUCCAGUUUGUCAUGGAAACACCCUGUUGGUACUCAACUACUUUAGAAUGAGGGUCUGAAAACACUGCCAAGCCACUUGGCUAAAUUUGUAGUUUGUAAACUGUGUUUUUAAGCACUUAGCCAGAUUAGUAGCAGACAGAGGUUUCCACCUGGCGGCUGGUGUUGUCAAGAUGCAUGAAGAGACAGCACAGUGUGGGUACUUAUGCUAAUAGUGUCGGUUAGCCAUAAGCACCCCAUAAACAGUGCCCCUUGUUACUUUUGAUAUGCUUCACUGCCAGAAAAAUACGCUUCACCGCUACACAUGUACGCUUCGCCGCAUAACGCGGAUGUACUGCGGCGAAGCUGACUUGAAAACCUGACAGCAGCAAUUCUUGAGGUUCAAAUAUUUCGAAUAGCAAUAGUGUCUUUAGAAUCAAAUAUUCUAAGCUUAGACUAUUCGCACACCACUACGUUAUAUUUGUGGUCUGUUAAUAUUCCAAUUGAUUUUGCCGGGAGUCUGUCCCUUUCUUCAUGGCAUCAAGGAUAGCUUCUUUCAACUUCAAGAUCAUGAAGAGCGAUCCCUGUGGCAUCCUGAAACAAGUGGCGACAUUCUUUUUCUUCUCACGAAUUGAGAUUGCUUACAAGAUACUAGCCUCCUUGAGCGAUAGGGCCUUGCAUUUAGUACCACUACUCAUGCCUUGGGAGACAUUAGCCACAACAAAUGCGCCAUAUUGGGCGCUGACAUGAGUUGAAACAUGUUGUUGAACUCGUUGGUUUAGCAGGGCUGCAAAUUGUGCUGAAGAACACAAGGGACAAGCAAGAAGACUGCUCCUUGUGAUCAUAUCGGUCUCCUUGCUUGUCCCUGUAGUUCACUCUAGUCCCUCGUGCUCUCUGGCACUGUUUGUAGUUUAAAAUGCAGUGAUGCGCUGAUACGAUGCACUGAUACGUAUGCCUCCUAGUGCAUCUGCUCGAUGCCACAGUCGUCAGAUAAAUGGCCUCCGAGAUUGGGCCGCGUGCACUGUCAGGUCUUGGGAGGCCAUAGCCGGCUAUUCAAUGAACCGCUUUGCCGGAUGCUUUUUACUAUGUGGCCCACAAUUUGAGAGUUAAUCCUGUGAUUUAACCAUUUGACCAUUGGCACCUGUAGCAGUUUCCAUUUAUUGUCUUGGUCAUCAUUCUCGGCAGUAGUGAAAUUUCAUUAUAUUGAAAUUACAAAUAAACAGACUUUGCUGCAUAGAGGUUAAAUAUGCAGUGUGUUGGGAAAGUCAUGGUGCACUUUUAACCGGUCACAGGAAAGCAACAAAACAAGAUAUAAAUGUGAUAUCUUUACCAAAUAAAAGGAAAACUCUCCAAGUUUCCGUAGUGUGAUGUGCAGGGGUUUGUGUGU